AUGCACCCUCCAAUGAAACCAGUGCCCAGGGCACUACACCAUCCAGUGAACAAAGGGCCGACGGCUCUGCAGCCUCCAUUGAAGCCAGUGCCCGCCGAAAUUCACUCUCCAUUGAACCUUGGGUCCGCAGCACUGCAGCCACCAGUGAAGCCAGUGUCCGCGGCAUUGCAGCCUCAAGUGAAACGCGUGCCCGCAGCACUGCAGCUUCCAUUUAUCCCAGUGAUCCAUGCAUUGCAGUCUGCAGUGAACCCAGUGCCCACAGCACUGCACCCUGCAGUGAACAUAGUUCCGACUGCACUGCAGGUCAAGGAUCCCAGUGCCCAUGGCACUUCAGCCUCCAGGGAACAAAGUGCCUGCGGCAAUGCACCCUCCAGUGAACCCAGUGCCCGUGGCUCUGCAGCCUGCUAUGAACCCAGUUUCCGUGGCUCUGCAGCCUCCAUUGAAGCCAGUGCCCGCCAUACUGCACUCUCCAUUGAACCUUGGCCUCAAGUGAAACCCGUGCCCACAGCACUGCAGCCUCCAGUGAUCCCAGUGAUCCGUGCACUGCAGUCUGCAGUGAACCAAGUCCCAACAGCACUGCACCCGGCAGUGAACCCAGUUCCGACUGCACUGAAGGUUCCAAGGAUCCCAGUGCCCAUGGCACUUCAGCCUCCAGUAAACAAAGUGCCUGCGGUAAGGCACCCUCCAGUGAACCCAGUGCCCGCAGCACUGCAGCCUGCUAUGAACCCAGUGCCCGAGGCUCUGCAGCCUCCAUUGAAGCCAGUCCCCACCGUACUGCACUCUCCAUUGACCCUUGGGUCCGCGGCACUGCAGCCGUCAGUAAAGCCAGUGCCCGCAACAUUGCAGCCUGAAGUGAAACCCAUGCCCACAGCACUGCAUCGUCCAGUUAUCCUAAUGAUCCGUGCCCUGCAGUCUGCAGUGAACCCAGUGCCCACAGUACUGCACCCUGCAGUGAACCCAGUUCCGACUGCACUGCAGUUUCCAAGGAUCCCAGUGCCCAUGGCACUUCAACCUCCAGUGAACAAAGUGCCCGCGGCAAUGCACCCUCCAGUGAACUGGGUGCCCGGAGCACUGCAGCCUGCAGUGAACCCAUGGCCUGGGGGUCUCUACCCUCCAGUGAAGCCAGUGUCCCUGGCAUUGCACCCUCCAGUGAACCCAGUGCCCGCGGCUCUGCAUCCUGCAGGGAACCCACAGCUUGCGGGUCUCUACCGUCCAGUUAAGCCAGUGUACCUGUCACUGCAAACUCCAGUGAACCCAGUGCCCAUGGCACUACACCAUCCAGUGAACAAAGUGCCCGCAGCACUGCACCAUGCGGUGAACCCAGUUCCCGAUUCUAUGCAGCCUCAAGUAAACCAAUUACCCGCAGCACUGCAGCCUCCAGUGAACCCCCUGACCGCGGCACUGCACCCUCCAUUGAAGGCAGUGCCUGCCGCACUGCACCCUCCAGUGAACCCAUUGCCGGUGGAACUGCACCACGCAGUAAACCCAGUUCCCGCUUCUAGGCAGUCUGCAGUGAACACAGUGUCCAUGGCACUGCACCCUCCACCUCCAUUGAAGCCAGUGCCCGCCGUACUGCACUCUCCAUUGAACCUUGAGUCCGCGGCACUGCAGUUGCCAGUAAAGCCAGUGCCCAGGACAUUGCAGACUCCAGUGAAACCCGUGCCCACUGCACUGCAGCCUCCAGUUAUUCCAGUGUUCCGUGCACUGCAGUCUGCAGUGAACCCAGUGACCACAGAACUGCACCCUGCAGUGAACCCAGUUCCGACUACACUGCAGGUUCCUGGGAUCCCAGUGCCCAUGGCACUGCAGCCUCCAGUGAACAAAUUGCCCACGGCAAUGCACCCUACAGUGAACACAGUGACCGCGGCAAUGCAGCAUGCAGUGAACCCAGGGCCUGUGGGUCUCUACCUCCAGAGAGGCCAGUGUCCCUGGUACUGCACCCUCCAGUGA